GAACGCACAACGCAUUGAUUUUGAUUCGGGGCAAAACGGGCGCAGGUUUGAAUGAGCUUCAAGACAAAAUUCAAUACAAAGUUUUGUGAAAUAUUUUUCGUGAUCUGAUGCUGCUAUUUGAUUGUUACGUAACCGGGUACAGAUAUUCGAUAUAAUUAUUUAGCUACAUCUUGUUAAAAUGUGUCCUUCACGCUGCUGGUUUUACUGUCCGUAUACUGUAACACGCUUAGCUUUGAAGCGGCUGCUGAAUAACUAGCCAGUACAUUCUCAUUCUUGAAAUAUGAUAUCGUCAACCCGUCUUUCCACGGCAAGCAAGUAUCGUAAAAAUUGUCCAGUUGUAUCCGAAUAUUUUGCACGAUCGAUUAUCACGUUCUUUUACAACGCUUCCUGGAAGGGUAGUGACCGGGUGCCAGCAAGCAAUAUGCUCUCAGCAAGCAGCCCUAAAUUCGAGAACGAGUGUCAAGAAAAUACAACUCAGCAUACAGAAGUCGAUCAUAACGGUGAUACAGGCCCCGCGGAAAGACAGCUGACUGAAAACGAGAAAGAAAUAGCAAAGGUACACGAAGAAGCCUGUGAGGCUAAGCAGCGAAUGUACAGAGAUCCAACCACUGGUUUUAAGGUGUUCACAAAGUUUGCCCAUCUCCAGAGAGGAAAGUGUUGUGGGAGUGCUUGCAGACAUUGUCCAUAUGGCCAAAUGAAUGUGAAGGAUCCAGCUAUGAAGAAACAAUUUAAUUCAUUGUUUUAUGUGUAGUUGUCUUGAGGCCUGCAAUACCCUGGUGUUUUGUUCAGUAAUAGUUAUUUCAUCAAAUGUCUUGACAGUGCAUAAGACAGUGUUAUUUCUGACCAUGUGGUCCAUUGGGAUCUUAUCUGACCCUAUGCUUCACAUGUGCUCUGACAUGGCCUCUAGAAUGCCAUGCCAGAAUAACUCCUUUGGCUGUGAAAGUACAGUGCCUUCCAUAAUGUUUGGGACAAAGACAUAUUUCUUCUUGAUUUGGCUCUGUACUCCACAAUUUCAGAUUUGUAAUCAAACAAUUCACAUUUGCUUAGUGUGCAGAUUCGUAGCUUAUAUUAAAGGGAAUUUUGAUACAUUUUGCUUUUACCAUGUAUAAAUUAUGGCAGUUUUUAUACAAAGCCCCCCAUUUCAGGUCACUACAAUAUUUGGGACAUAUUAAUGUUAUGUUAAUGAAAGUAGCCAUGUUUAGUCCUUUGCUGCAUAACCUUUGCAUGCAAUGACUGCUUGAAGUCUGUGACCCAUAGACAUCACCAGGUGCUGAAUAUCUUCUCUGGUGAUGCCCGCCAGGCCUGUAGUCCUGCCUACUUGUUUCAGCCGCUAAUUGCCUUAAGAAUUCUCUUCAGCAUAUGAAACACGUGUUCAAUUGGAUUCCGAUCAGGUGCUUGACUUGGCCAGUCAAGAAUUUAAAAAACUUCUUUGUUACUUUAGCAGUAUGCUUGGGAUUAUUGUCUUGCUGUAGGAUGAAGCACCCUCCAAUGAGUUUGGAGGCUUUUGCAUGAACUUGAGCAGAUAAGAUGCUUCUGUACUCUACAGAAUUCAUUCUGCUCCUGCUAUCAUCAGUGGCAUCAUCAAUGAAGACAAGUGAACCAGCACCUAUGGCAGCCAUACAUGCCCAAAAACACCCCACUAUGUUUCAUAGAUGAGUCUCUCUGUCUCUCUGUCUACAAGACCGUUUUCUUGAGAAUUAUAUUGUCAUCAACUGUAGAGGUCUUCAUUGACCUGCCUUUUGUGAUUACUGAGCUCACCAGCGUUCUCUUUCUUCUUAAUGAUGUUCCAAACAGUUGAUUUUGGUAAGCCUAAGGUUUGGCCUAUGUCUCUGACAGUUUUUCUGAUUGCUUUACAAUGGCUAUCUUGACUUUCAUUGGCAAAACUCUCUUGGCAGACUCUAAAUGCAACCAAAAGCCUAGAAUCAAGAAUAUAUACCGAAAGCUCUAUUUUACCUGGAAGCAAUUGAACACACCUGAUUAAUCAGGAACACCUGUGAAACCAUUUGUCCUGCACAUUAUGGUGCCCUAAAAUGGGGAUGGGGUCUGUGUAUAAAAAGUGCUGUAAUUUCCAAAUGGUGAAACAAAAAUGUAUGGAAAUACCCUUCAAUAAAAGCUGAGAAUAUACACUUGCACCACCUGUGAAUUGUUUGAUUACAAAUCUAAAAAUCUAAAAUUGUGGAAUACCCUCUUUUCCAAGCCAUGCAGUAAUAUUAGUUCACAUGAUAAAAUGCAUUUUCAGAAGAAUAACAUUAGCUAGCAAGGUGGAAGUCCAUAGCCCUUUUUAUCAUUUAUUAGACUGAAAUGCAUUGAUAUCUAAUCCUUUUUUAUAGAAGUGAUAAGGCAUUUGAGGCCACAGUGUUUCAUGAAUAUUGGCAAGACUAGGGACCUGCAGGUAUUCAGCUUUGCCUCAGUCCUUAGAAAACCCUGUAGCCUUGAAGAUAUUUAUGAUGAUCCAUUUCUUCUCUUGCUUUAUCACCUUAAUGUAUACCCUAGGUGGAAUCUCCCAAGUGUAAGGCUUAGAUCUUGAAUGGUUCUUUUAAGUGUAGUCUUUUGUAUUGAUAAAGACUUUGUCCAAAUGGUUUUCAUUAUUAUAAGAACAUCCAAUUAUCAGCUGUUCUGUUGGCAUUAAUUGAGUGAAUAUUGAAAACCAUAUUGUACAUUCAAUCACAAUUAAUAUGUGGUGCGCAAAUGUCAUAAAGAAGCUCAAGAUGGACCUUUGUUUAUUUCAGCCUACUUGAAAACAUUUGGUAAAACCUCUGACAUUAAAGGCAAUAAAUCCACAGUUGGUAGCCAUGGAAAAACAUUCUGAAAUAAAACAUUUUAACCACUUA